AUGUCUAGGGAAAUUCGGAAAAGUUUAGGAGGUGGAAGAGAAUUUGGUAAAACAGGAUUUUUCCUUUGCCAUAAAGACAGGUGUAAAGAAAUAGCAAAUAAUAAUUUGGAAGCAAUUAAGAAAAUGUGCUCAGAAAAUAUCGAAAUUUCAAGAAUCAUUUUCAGUAAUCCUUUUUGUUCGGCUCGGGAAGACGCCUUAAAAAGUUUAAUUAAAGAAUUAGAAAAUGUCGAAAUAGAGGCACUUACUUUUAAUAUUGCCGAAGAACCAGUUAUCAAUUCGCAAUUUUUAGAGGUAAUUGAAAGCAUUAUCGAGGCUAAACCAGAAACAAUUUUGUCCCCUACCGAAAAAGAAAGGAUAAAAAAUGCCUAUAUUGGAAGCAAUACGAAAACAAAUGCCAUCGAAAAUAUCAAUGAAAACAGAAAACAAUAUUUUAUUGAUGAAAUUGAAAAAGUAGAAGUUGGUUUUUUAUUUACUCCCGUUCUUAAUCAAGCAAAAAGAGAAAUAGAAGAAAAAAAAGGUUCAGAGUCUCCUCUGGAAAACCCAUCCCAACAGAAACUAACCCAAAACAAAAACCAAAUAAAACAAGAAUACAAUUUAAGUUCAGAAGAAUUCAAUCUAGUUUUAGAACCUAUUACUGAUUCAGAACUGUUAGAAGAAGUAAAAAAACUAAUCAGUAAAGUAAAGACAGGAACCCAAGAUACUGAUUCAGAUAGUCUUUUUGAGAUUUUAAAGGCUUUCAAGCAAGCCCCAGAUGGUUCUCUUAAAAAGCAAGCUUACUUAUCAGUAAAUAGUUAUCAGCAGCAAGCAGACCUAUUAAUUAGUAACUUAGAAAGCAAGCAGCAAAAGAGACAGACUUCUUUACAAGAGUUAAUGAAAGCCCAAGAUGAACAAGAACUAAAUGAGAUUUAUUCGGCCAUUAAAGAAGACCCUGAACUUUAUCAAGAUCAUAAUCAAUCCUUAAUAGAUAAUCAUCAAAAGCGAGUAGCCAGUGCUUUAGAAAUAAUCAAUUCCCAAAAUCAAGGUGAUUCAGUCCAAGAAUUAGUUACUACUUUACGCACUAUUAUCGCUAGUGAUAGUAGCAAAGAAGACUUAAUUAGUUUAGAGCAAAAGGUACAAGAGUAUCAAAAAGCUACCAAAGGAGAAAAAGCUAAUCUUUAUCAGCAAUAUAGUUCCAUUAUUGACCAAAUGGAACAAGAAAUAAAGUCUGAGUUAACUCGUCGGGACAAAUCUGAAGAAGAACAAAAAGAUAAUUCUCCUUCUCAGUCCACUACUCCCCCCACUGCCUCAGGAAAGGGCUUCCUGUUUCCCCUAUUAGGUUUAGGCAGUCUUUUUAACUUAAAUAAACAAACUACUUAG